GAGGUCGGCGCUAAUGCGCAUGGUCCCUGCCUCGGUACUAGCUCUAACCUGCCCAACAGACAGGAAGAGGAGAUUUGCUUUGUGUGUGGAGUAGGGCUGUCGUUAAACUCUGGCAAAAUGAGGAAUGCUUUUAAAAAGCAAUAACAAUGAACGUCAACGAAAGAAUAAUGAAAAACGGACGAAUAAAGCGACAAAUUUGAUGGAUAGUGUGAAGUUCCACGAGACGGAUAACGUUUUUUUUAGCUGGGUCCUAGCGUGACACAGUUGGCAGCACAACUAAGCUGAACGAGGCAGAGGCUCUCAAACUUGGGAGGAUUACCAGGAAGAUAUAAUAACACAACUAGCUUCUAUUGAUGCUUGAAUAGCUACAGCGCUUGGAUAUGUUAAUGUUCUUUAUUCAACAGCAACGAAGAAGGAUUACUCAAAAGUUUAAAUAAGAGCGACGUCUGUCUAUUUGAGGGGUUCAUAUUUAAAUUUCCCUCCUUUUUUAGCCCUAGGCAGAAACAGACAAGGGGGUUCUCCGAAAUCAAUCAACAAAAUUUCGGGGUCCUGGUUGAAAUUCAGAGACGAGACGAGACAGUUUGAGGUGUUUGGGGAAAGUUGUUUUUACUUAAUCACGGCGGUCUAUGUAUAAUAAGGAGACACUCACUGUUUGAAUAGUCCGGGUCUUUUAAAUUUAGAUUUUCCUAAGAACACACUAGCCAUGGAUCCACAUUCGGGGAAUGGUGCUUCAGCCCCGGUUUCUAAAGGAGGAAAAGAGAAAAAGCCUAAGAAAAAUUAUGAGGAUGGAGAUGGCAAGAAGAAGUUUAAACUCAAAAGGCUGAUCCCUGAUGAGCUGGAGCGCUUCACCAGCAUGCGUGUGAAGAAGGAGAAGGAGAAGCCGGGCCACUACACGGGGCCGAGGCACUCCACUGCAGCCCAGUACGAGGUGCCCGCCGGGGCCGGCAUGCUGCAUGAACACGGCGACGAGUACGUGCUGGACCUCUUUGAGAAGAUGCUGGUGGAUAUGAAUCUGAAUGAGGAGAAACAGCGGCCCUUGCGAGCAAAAGACAUCGGCAUCAAGAGGGAGAUGGUGUCCCAAUACCUGCACACAUCCAAGGCUAGUCAAAACCAGAAGGAGAGCUCCAAGUCUGCAUUGGUUUACAUUCAGGAGCUGAGGACUGAACCCAGAGACACACAGCUACUCAGCAUCCUGGAGUCUCUGAGAGUCUCCCUCAACAACAACCCUGUCAGUUGGGUGCAGCAGUUUGGGGGUGAAGGCUUGACUUUGCUGCUCAACUUCCUGAAGAAACUCCAAGAGGAGAACCCGAACAUGGACCCCAGGAGCAUGGAAGUCAAGUGUCAGCAUGAGAUCAUCCGCUGCCUGAAAGCUUUCAUGAACAACAAGCAUGGGCUGAAAGCCAUGUUGAUGUCGGCCGAGGGCAUUCCUCUCCUGGUCAGAGCCGUGACCCCCAAGGUUCCACACAUGAUGGUGGACGCCGUCAAGAUCCUGUCCGCCAUCUGCAUUCUGGAUCACCCCGAUAACCUGCAUGAGAGAGUUUUGGAGUCCUUAACAGAGAUAGCGGAAGAACGGGAGGUUGAGAGGUUUGAGUAUCUGCUCACCGGCAUGCGUAAACCCAACAUUGGACUUAAGGCUGUAUGUAUGCAACUGGUGAACGCCCUGAUCAGCCGUGGCGAGGAGCUGGACUUCAGGAUCCACAUCCGCUCUGAGCUCAUGAGGCUUGGCCUGCGUGACCUGCUCAACGAACUGCGGACCAUAGAGAACGACGAGCUGAAGGUGCAGCUGACUGUGUUUGACGAGCAGGCAGAGGAUGACUCUGAGGACUUCAGGGUUCGGCUGGAUGAUGUCCGCAUAGAGAUGGACGAUGCGACGGAGGUGUUCCAGAUGCUGCUGAACACGGUGAAGGACUCCAAGGCCGAGGGCUACUUCCUGUCCCUGCUGCAGCACCUGCUCAUGGUGCGCAAUGACUACCUGGUCAGGCCCCAGUACUAUAAAUUGAUGGACGAAUGCAUUGCACAGAUUGUGCUUCACAGAAACGGGGCCGACCCGGACUUCAAAUGCCGCAACAUGCAGAUUGAAGUGGAGGUGCUCAUCGACAAAAUGGUGGACCAGACCAAAGUGGAGAUGAGCGAGGCCAAGGCUGUGGAGCUGGAGAAAAAGCUGGACACGGAGCUGACGGCGCGGCACGAGCUGCAGGCGGAGUCGAAGAAGAUGGAGGGCGACCUCAAGCAGCAGCUGCAGGAGCUGAGCACCGAGAAGGAGCAGCUGGGCUCGGAGAAGACGGAGCGCGAGAAGGAGAACCAGGGCCUGCAGGGGAGGAUCAGCGAGCUCAACGAGCAGAUUGAGAAGCUGUCUAAAGACCUGGAGGAAGCCAAGACUAAGGUCGUCACGGUGAUGGUGCCCGUGCCUACACCACUGGCCCCAGGCCAACCUGGGGCACCUCCACCGCCACCGCCACCACCACCACCCCCCCUCCCGGGUCAGACUGGCCCCCCAAUACCAUGCCCCGCGGCCAUCCCUUUCCCUUUCCCAGCGCCGCCACCCCCACCCCCACUGCCUGGCAUGCCUGGACCCCCGCCACCUCCACCCUUGCCAGGGAUGCCUGGACCCCCACCACCCCCACCCUUACCAGGGAUGCCUGGUCCUCCACCGCCACCCCCACUACCAGGCAUGUGUGGUCCCCCUCCUCCUCCACCUCUACCGGGCAUGGGCGGUCCCCCUCCUCCUCCACCUCUACCAGGCAUGGGUGGCCCACCACCCCCUCCGCCUCCCCCUGGCGGCCCCGGGAUGCCCCCUCCAUUCCCUGGCAUGCCUCCCCCUCCAGGUGGGGGCUUCGGAGGUUGGGGAGUCCCUGCCCUGCCCUUCGGCCUGGAGCCUAAGAAGGACUACAAGCCAGAGGUCCAGCUGAAGAGAGCCAACUGGUCCAAGAUUGGGCCAGAGGACCUGUCUGAGAAGAGCUUCUGGACCAAGGUGAAGGAAGAGCGCUUUGAGACAAAUGAGCUCUUCGCCAAACUCACCCUCACCUUCUCCUCACAGACCAAGACUUCUAAAGCUAAGAAGGAUCAGGAAGGGGCGGAUGAGAAGAAGGUGGCCCAGAAGAAGAAGGUGAAGGAGCUGAAGGUCAUCGACGGCAAGACCUCUCAAAACCUGUCUAUUUUCUUGGGUUCAAACCGUUUGCCCUAUGAGGAGUUCAAAAAUGCCAUCCUGGAAGUGAAUGAAAAAGUGCUCACAGAGAACAUGGUGCAGAGCCUGAUAAAGCUGUUGCCAGAGUCGGAGCACCUGGGCAUGUUGGCUGAGAUGAAGGAUGAGUAUGACGACCUGGCUGAAUCAGAGCAGUUUGGGGUCGUGAUCAGCUCGGUGAAUCGUCUGAACGCUCGCCUGAGCUCCAUCCUAUUCCGGCUGCAGUUCGAGGAGCAGCUGGGCAACCUGAAGCCGGAGGUGGUGGCGGUGUCGGCCGCCUGCGAGGAGCUGCGCCAGAGCAAGGCCUUCUCCCAGCUGCUGGAGCUCACCCUGCUGGUGGGCAACUUCAUGAACGCCGGCUCGCGCAACGGCAAGGCCUUCGGCUUCAGCAUCAGCUACCUCUGCAAGCUGCGCGACACCAAGUCGUCGGACCAGAAGCAGACGCUGCUGCACUUCCUGGCCGACAUGUGCCAAGAGGAGUACCCUGACGUCAUGCACUUUGCCGACGACCUCAUCCACGUGGAGAAGGCCAGCAGAGUGUCUGCUGAGGUGCUGCAAAAGAACCUGGCUCAGAUGGGGAAGCAGAUUCAGAACCUUGAGAAGGACAUCGAGACCUUCCCCCCUCCCCAGAGCGACAAGGACAAGUUCACAGAGAAAAUGACCAUCUUUGUGGCCACUGCCAAGGAGCAGUACGCGACGCUGGAGAUGAUGCACAAGAACAUGGAGAAGCAGUACGAUGAGCUGGGCGCCUUCUUCGUCUUCGACCCCCGCAAGAUCACCCCGGAGGACCUCUUCGGGGACCUCAACAACUUCAAGAACAUGUUCCAGCAAGCGGUAAAGGACAACCAGAGGCGGAGGGAGUCAGAGGAGAAGAUCCGCAAAGCCAAGCUGGCCCGGGAAAAGGCCGAGAAAGAGAAAGAGGAGAAGCAGAAGAAGAAUCAGCUUCUCGACAUCAACGCAGAGGGUGAUGAGACUGGUAUCAUGGAUGGCCUGUUGGAGGCGCUGCAGUCUGGAGCUGCGUUCAGGAGGAAAAGAGCACCCAGACAAGCAGACUCGGUGCUUUCCUUGUCGGAGCUCAUCUUGGACACCUGCUCGCUGGCCGGAGAGGAGGCGGCCAUCCAUUGACGAACAUGCUAGCCAAAGAGCUGUUGCAGGAAGAGACCACACCCAAAAAGAAAGAGGCGGCGUCUAAGGAGCCCUUGUCGGAGGCGGAGUCACUAGAGAACCUGUUAGAGGAGGCGCCCUCCCGAUCCCAUUAGUGUCGGUUCCCCCCCCACCACCCUAACUCUCCAGAACCAGAACCAGGACCCGUGAACAGAAUGGACUUCCUGCAGAGGCCACAAAAUGGACUGAGGGGUUGGGUUUCUGAACUGAACACACCUCCCUGUAGCAUGCUGGCUUUGCGAUUGGCUGCAUUUCUCACUGGGGGCGGAGCUCUCCCUGCCCAAGCCACUUAAAGCACUGCCCCUCUUUCUUUGAUCACGCAGUCAUCCCCUGUCCUCCAUUCUCUAUCUUCUUUACUUUUUUAUCAUCUUCUUCUUUAAUAUCACUCUCUUGUCACAUGCCUCUGCCUGCUUCCUGUUGCUCUCUGUGCUGUCCCCCAGAAGGGCAUCAUGGGAAAAUCCAAAGAUGUGCUCAAACAGGACCUGUCGGAAUUUUGAUGGUGAUUCCCAAUCUGCAGCUGCCAACUUCUUCAUCUGAGAUUCUGCCGGAUCUGGGCGACCAGCUCGAAUCAUUCAGACGCUUGGGGAUUUUUCUUGUUGUUUUUUUUUUUGUUUGUUUGUUUAACAUAGCGCUUCUGCAAACACAUUUUUGAAAAUGUAAAAAAAAAAUAUGAUUGGUUCAUGAUACAUAAGUGUGUGUGUGUGUGUGUGUGAGAGAGAAUUUAAACAGUUAUAUAUUACAUGUCUGUGUGUACACAUAUUCAAGUGCCAAUUCUGAGGGAGGGAUUAUGAAACUGCACAUUUCAGUAAGCACAUUGUCCAAUGAGAGCGUGCUAAUGGAGGAAAGGCACCCAAUCACAAACCUCCUUUUUUUGCGGUUAAUGUUCCUGUUUUUGCUGGCCUGCACUCGGGUGAUGCUUAUGUUGGGUGGUGUUUAUUAGGUGUAGACUUCUGGUCUGGUACCUGAACACAUAUUUGCUUUUUUUUUCUUGUGUUCUUCUGUGUGCUUCUGUCUCUUUUCUUCAUCUGGAACCGUCUGCUGCUGAUUGUGUUUCUAAAUAUAGAAUGCCUCUGAUCACGAAUGACACCAUAGUUAUUCAGCCCUAGCCCUGUGUGUGUGUGUGUGUGUGUCUGGGUGUGCGUGCACGAGUGUGUGUGUGUGUGUGUGUCUGGGUGGGUGGGAUGGUUGUGUACAUUUAUGCUCUGGCCCUAUAAUUACUUUGCUGCCUCCACUGUCAUAAAUACUGUGUGUUGUGUGUUGCUGAGGUUUGUGUAUAUGUGUGUGUAUUUUUGUGAGAGUGAUCGAGUGUAUGUACAGUAUGUGUGUGGUAGCGUGUUUGUCUUAUCUGUCAUAAACAUUACGCUUUACACCCAGUGCUCUGAUCUUUCUACUGAGUGAGCUGUUCACUGGAGGACUGGCCAAAACUGCUGAAAGACAUGCCUGCCGCACUGUGUGUGUGUGUGUGUGUGUGUGUGUGUGUGUGUGUGUGUGUGUGUGUGUGUGUGUGUGUGUGUGUGUGUGUGUGUGUGUGUGUGUGUGUGUGUGUGUGAUUUGUCUGUCACAUUCUAUUAGACCAAUCAAAAGAGAGAAAGGCCAUAGUUGCCCAUGUUAUUUUGUAAUGUUUUGUGUUUUAUUUUGUGUUUGUGCAUUUUCUUUCUGGUACCAGAAACGUGCUUUUUUGCAUACUUAACCUUAACCAUAUAAUUCACAACACCGUGUGUACUCCUUGUGCAUACUUACCUUAACCAUAUCAUUCACGACACCAUGUCCUUCUUGUGCAGGAAUCUAUGUGGCAUACAGUCCAUGAAUCAAGCACCAUCGUGUUUGGAUCCCCAGUGUGUCUUCGCAUCUUAAUCCACCUCAGUCACCAAAACAGAUUCCAUCCGUAUUAGUCUUUUAAAGCACUGGUUCCAGGACUGAUGCUGUUAAAAAGCUGACCUCUGAUCAGUUACUUGCUUUGAAAUGCUUGAUUUGACUCUUCGUGUUGCCCCUGAAAGUUAUAACGAGAUCAGGAGCUCACCUCACAGUUUACUAUUGCCAUCCCCAUCAUGGUUGCAGCAAGGGACUGCUUUUUGUGUAAGCCACCAGAAGCAUGUUUUUUGUGACGCACAGUUUGUAUAUUCAGGACUCAAAAUGGCUGUCAACAUCCCAGAGCUUCCUUGAAAUCACAUCUUCCAGGAUGACUGACUCGAGUCAUGCCGAAAUAUAACAAACAUCCACUCUUGCUGGACAGCACAGAAAUGCCACAAGCACCGAAUCAUGGCAUGGCUGCGCUGCGAUGCAUUCAGUGGGCCAGCAGCACAGACAGGAUAUGAGGAGAGUUUUCUAAGGAACAAAGCCAGCUUGUGGUGGUAGGACUGCAUAGUCCUCCUACAGAGAGUCAGUUUAAAUUCAGUUCAAAGUGGGGUUUGUUGCCAAGUGGUUUUGCACAUUGCUGUGUGUCUGUGCAAGCCACCAAGCAAGAAGCAAAACAUUAUGGCAAAAUUGUCAAUGUCAAAGUAUUAUAUAUGUAUAUAUAUAUAUAUAUAUAUACUGUAGUUUGCAGACCAUUCCUUCAGAGAACGCUUGAAGUGAUCUGCUGUUUUUGUUUCUCUGAAGUGAAUGUGUUGCUGGAAGAGGAUGGAGAAGAAAAAUGUCACUGGAGUAAAAUAAAACCAGGCUUUGUUUUUUUGGCAAUUGUUACUUUUUCAUUUUUCUUUUCUUUUUUUUUAAUAAAAAGGACACUUGAUUUUCUACGUGUAUUUUUAUUCUUGAUUGCGUUUUAAUGUGAAUGCGUUGAGAUUGUUUAAGAGGGAUUACGUGGCGAGGUGUAUACAUUAAGUCAUGUGUUAAGGACUUCAUUGUAGAGACUGUUUGUUGCUCCAGCUUGCAUUAAAAGCACCAUCAGUAAAUUUACAGCUC